GGAUGAUAACAGCUUACCAUCGUGGUUGACAGAGCUACAGUACUUUCAAAUUAAACAAUGAAUAUGGAUGAGAGAAUGUCAGAUCAGAUUACGGUCGUCUCUACCGGUGUGGUGAUAAUGAGACCAAACAUGUCCACGACACAGAAAUCGUCUUCAGAAUUUUCUUCACCAAAUGACCACGAGUCUACUUUGUGCAAAGGCAGUGCUAGCGCGAUUGUGAAGGAUAUAUCCUUCUGGGAUGGAACACGCAAUCGAACGCGGGCUGUGGUGAGGAGGAACGUUCUAGUCAUGCUUUUUUUCUAUCUGCCCCUCAUCGGAUUUUUUUGGGGUUCGUUCUAUCUUUCCAAGUAUUUGGCAGUCCCGCCACCUAAACCCUACAUGCGAUGGGUGCCGCGGAAUAACGAUAGUGCUAUCUUUUUUUCAGUAGUCACAGGGUUUACCUUUCUGCUGUGUGGUGUCACUCUCAUGACAAUAUAUAAGCAUAGAAAAUCACCGGUCAUACUAAGCAAACUGCCUUCUUUCAUAGCUCAUGUUAGCUUUUGCAUAUUGGUCAUACCUCCCCUCACAUAUAUCACGAACAUGCUGACGGUUUAUUACUUGCCAAGAAGCAAUUAUGUUCGCUUCCUACAAGCAUUGGAGCUGAUGAUGGUCGGGCAAGUAUGGGCGGCACUAAGUAAUAGGAUGGCGCUCAUGUAUUUUUUGUUGGCAGAAGGUAUCUGUAAUCCAAGCUACAAGAUGUUCUUCGUCAAAUCCAUAAUCAUGUCACUUGUGUUCCAAGUGAUACCUUACAUCGUUGCUAUGUCCGUCUCCUUCCCU